CUAGAACAGGCAAGAGCUACAUCUUUACCAGAAAAAAAUAGUUCUAAAUCAGGAAUGGCUAAACCUCAGGUGGUUGUGGCUCCAGUGGUAAUAUCAAAGCUUUCUGUGAAUGCACCUGAAUUUUACCCCUCAGGAUAUACCCCUAAUCUUACAGAAUCUUCUUUGGAAGAUGAUUGUGAUGGAUUUCCAACUCUAACAGAAUAUGUGCAGGACUUUCUCAACCACCUUGCAGAACAGCCGGCUUGUUUUGAAACUGAAAGAGCACAUUUUUCAGAAACUGUAAAUGCUUGUGUCACUACAGAUGAAGCAUUACAAGAACUUGUUGAGCUCAUAUACCAACAGGCUACAUCUGUUCCAAAUUUUUCUUAUAUGGGAGCAAGGCUGUGCAAUUAUCUUUCUCAUAAUCUCACCAUUAAUCCACAAAGUGGCAACUUUAGACAAUUACUGCUUCACAGGUGUCGAAAAGAGUAUGAAAAUAGAGAUGAAGCUGCCAAAGGAGAUGAAGCUGCACGGAAAAGAUUUCAUGCAUUUGUGCUAUUUUUAGCUGAGCUUUAUCUAAAUCUAGAGGUAAAAGGAACUAAAGGUCAGCUAACCCGAGCAGAGAUUCUUCAGACUGGACUUCAUGAAUUACUGAACACCCUUUUCUCUAAUCCUGUGGACAACAAUUUAACCUGUGCGGUGAAACUACUGAAAUUGACAGGCUCAGUACUAGAAGAUGCAUGGAAAGAAAAAGGAAAGACUUAUAUGAAUGAAAUGAUACAGAAAAUUGAAAAUGUUGUCUUGGAUGCAAAUUGCAGCAGAGAUGUAAAGCAUAUGCUUCUGAAACUUGUAGAACUACGGUCAAGUAACUGGGGAAGGGUGCAUAUAACUUCAACAUACAGGGAAGCAACUCCAGAAAACGACCCUAAUUACUUUAUGAAUGAACCAACGUUUUACACAUCUGAAGGUGUGCCUUUCACUGCAGCAGAUCCAGAUUAUCAAGAGAAAUACCAAGAACUCCUUGAUAGACAAGAUUUGUUUCAUGAGUAUGAGGAAAACGGAACAGACUUAUCAGGAGCUGGAGAUCCGUAUUUUGAUGAUGAUGAUGAUGACGAUGAGAUGGACCCAGAAAUUGAAGAAGCAUAUGAAAAGUUUUGCUUAGAAUCAGAACGCAAAAGGAAACAGUGAAAUGCUACACGUGAAUAAUAGUGUUGUGUUUUUUUAAAAGAAGAAAAACAAAAACCAGCAUAGGUAUGAAUAGCAAAUAGAAGGGAUGGAAAAUCUUUAAUAUCCAUACCAAACAAAGGAAAUUAAGUUUCUCCUAGCAGUUAAGUUAUGCAAUUUCCAUUUUAUUAAACAGAAUCUGCCAAAAAAAAAUGUAAACUUAAAUCCUGUAACUUAAACAAGUGUAUAUAUAUAUCAUAGUUUAUUUUAUGUACAGUUAAAUAAACAAUGUUUUGACUGGAACAAA